UGAUACCCGUUUUCUUUUUCAACAUGGGUCCACUUGUAUUUGGCAUUGCAUAUUAAAUUAAAUAAGCAUUUUGAGAAUUCACGAAAAUCGUGGUUCUGAGCACAAAUGUAACACAUUAUGUGACAAUAGUGAUUCGCUGCUGUAUGUCCUGUCUCUAAGUUACGUUCCCGAUCGAUACAUCUUCAGCAGACCACCCCACGAGUUUACCACGACUACCGCUUGAGAAUUUUUCCUACACAAAGCCUCAAAUUGAAUUUGAUCGUUUACAUUCCGAUGAGUUUUCAGGAAACAUGCGCGCUCUAUACGAGUGGAUGACGUAACACACCCGGAAUAAUAAUCCACCGAACCAGCUCACGCUCUUGUCAAGAGAAGCUCGGACCAUGCAAAAGUCCAAAGGGUUCGAUGAACAACCUCAUCUCCUUUGGCAUCUCAUCCCAAUUGACAAUCAUCCCAUCAACAAACCACACUCCAUCGGACCUCCCACGCCCUUUUCCCCUUAAUACACAUACACAUAAUACAAAGCUUCCAGCCCCUCCGCCACCAUGGUCAAGCUCGAAGAAGUCGUCGACGAGGAGUUCAUGCGCCAGCAAGAAGGUCCUCAUGACGAAGAUGAAUGGGACACUGAUUCCGAAUCCGACACAUCCUCCAUUUUCUCGGGCCCGCCCAGCGAAUCCCUCGGCGAGCGCCUCUCGGCGCUGCAAGACAUUGUGCCGGCCUCGACACGCCGCAGCAUCUCGAGCAAGUACAACACGGCGUCGUCGUGGGUCAAGAGCGGACUGUUGCUCGGCGGCAAGACGCUGUGGGUUGUGAGCACGAGCGCGCUGCUGCUCGGUGUGCCGUGGGCGCUUGCGUACAGCGAGGAGCAGAUGAUUAUGGAGCAGGAGCGCGCCGAGAUGAUGAACCAGAGGGCUCAGAAUGAGGUAUUUCAUGGCUCCUGGUGCUCCUGCGCCUUCCAAUGGCGCUCAGGCUUCCUUGUAGAUGGAAUCUAUCCUGUCGGGUGUAUAGAUGAAGGAGACGUAUAUUCAGCAAUUCUUGGCUUGUUUUAUUAUUGCUGCGUGAUUGGCAUUGGCUUGGAAGGGGAAGAGGCGAGACACAGCAGUCAUGAUGAUUGGAGAGUUGUACACAAAACUGUGGGCGGACAUGCUGGCACUUGUAUGAUAGGUUUUUCCCGGCUCAACUAA